GAAGAGAGAGGACCGAAUGUCAGAUUUUUUAUUGUUUUAUAUAUAUUUUGACAUAUAUUGACACACUCGCUAUCAUGAACGUAGACGAUAUCAUCUAUUUGUCUUCACUCCUGGCCUCCAUCGCCUUUGGACAGUUGUAUAGACAGAUAAAAGGCCUGGAAGCUAGAAAAUGGCUAGGCACCGUCGUGGGCUUGGUCCUUAUCGCGAUCGUCUCGGGGAUCCAUAUUCUCCAUCCUCUUUUCCUGACGGGGACGAAUAUCCUGAUUCUCUUUUAUACCAAGAGGAGCGUGUGCCAUUUUGUGAGCUUCGGCUGGAGUUUCAUGUACCUCCUGUUUUUCCGUGUGUGUCACUACCUGGGUCUAGAGAUGCCACCUGCACACACUAAUGCUGUUCAGAUGAUGAUCACACUCAAGCUUGUUGGCAUUUGCUUUGAGGUUCAUGACACUUGGAAGAAACGUGGACAGUUGAAGAAAUCUGAGAGUGAUGAAGAGAAAAAGAACCUUGCAAUCCAACUUAAAUAUGAGGAGGUUGACCCAUCACCUAUGGAUGUCUUCCAUUAUGCAUUUAACUAUGUUGGUGUUUUGACAGGUCCAUACUACAAGUAUCGGGUAUAUUCAGAUAUGCUGAAGGGAACAGCAAUUGAUGGUGGUGUUGACUGUUUUAAGUCCAUGCUGCAGAGAAUAUGGGUCGUUCCGUUGUAUGCUGUGGCUUUCCUUUUGACUUCACACUACUUCCCCCUCUCGUUUGCUGAGGGGAAAGAGAUCUUCCGGGACUACAGUUUUAUGUACCGUGUGUGGUACAUGACACCUGUCUUCUUCAGCUUCCGAAUGCGCAUCUAUUCAGGCUUUGUGCUCUCGGAGUGUGUUUGCAUCAUGGCAGGCCUCGGGGCGUAUCCCGUUGCCUCAGAACCAAAGCCAGGUCGAGGGCCCAGCAAGUAUGAGGCACUCGAAUCCAGUGAUGAGAAGGAGGCAGGUCCAAAGGAGUAUAACUUUGAAACCGUUCACAACAUAGAUGAGUUUGGAGCAGAUUUCACCCCAACUGUAAGGGCAGGAAUGCGGUGCUGGAACAUGACUGUUCAGUACUGGCUAGCUACCAAUGUUUACAAGCGAGUCACGAUGGCACGACCGAUCAAAGAGGCCUUGACCAUGUUUACAUCAGCAUAUUGGCAUGGAGUCCACUCAGGCUACUAUCUGUCUAUGCUGACUGUGCCAUUCAUCCUAGCAGUGGAAGACUACUUUGAUAAGCUUGUUAGAAGGAGACUUGGAGAAACGGGUCAGUAUAUGUAUGACUGGUUUGCUUGGUUUGUGAAGAUGCAGAACUUUGCCUACAUGGGCAUGGCAUUCCUCCUCCUGCGUGUGGACACCACCCUCCACUACUGGCACUCCAUUGGCUAUAUCUAUCACGGUCUCCUGGUUUUCAUGCACGGGAUUGCACAGUACGUCAACCUCAUUUUUAGCAAGGCCCAGCACAAACUCAAGAAAAGUGCAGCAACUGCCCAUAUUGAUGAUUACACCAAAGUUCGCUUUCUGAAGACCAAAGAUGAAGGGAAACCAAGCAAAGAAUCUGACAAUCACAACUCUGUUACAGCUUCAACAAAGUCAAAUGGAGAUGUUGUAGAGGAGAAGAAGACCCAGUAGGAUGGUGAGCCAGAAUUACAGGUAUAUUUGUCUGGUACUUGCAGGCUGCAGAGUGAUCAGUGUAAUGGGUUUGCAGUUGCACGUUCUUAUAAUUCUUCCUUUGUUUGUGAUUUUUCUCUCUCAUUUCUUUUUUUAGAAAGCUUUAUUUUAUCCUUUGAUUUCAGAAUAUUUAUUAUUGUUCUACCCUUAUUACUUGUA